AGACAAGUAGUUGUUGUAUGAAGAUUGCUAGAUCGGCGGAGUGCAUGCAACGAUGGGUCGCUCGUCGAAGGACAAACGUGAUAUCUACUACCGCCUUGCCAAGGAGGAAGGCUGGAGAGCAAGGAGUGCUUUCAAACUGCUGCAGCUAGACGAGGAGUUCGAUUUGUUUAGUGACGUCACUCGUGUUGUGGAUCUGUGUGCAGCACCAGGAAGCUGGAGCCAAGUGCUGAGCAGAAAGCUGUAUAGAAAGCAGGCAGCAGCAGCUACUGCUGCCCAGCCGCCGUCGUCCAUACCAGAGGAACAUGAUGUCGCUGCUACGUGCUCAGCGACGUCAUCAUUGGGCGCCGUCCGGGCUGAUGACAUUACUGAUUCAAGUGCUGAUGGUGCUGGUGUUGUGAAGACGGUUGGAGAGGCAAGCGCUGCAGCGAGUACUCUGGCCGAGAUGAGCGCCCCGCUGUCGUCCUCCGUGGAAGAAGUCAAGAUUGUUGCAGUUGACUUGCAGGCCAUGGCACCUCUGCCGGGCGUGAUCCAGAUCCAGGGUGAUAUCACCAAGGAUGCCACUGCUCGUCAGAUUGUGUCACACUUCACUGGUCAUCUGGCUGACUUGGUCAUCUGCGAUGGGGCACCAGAUGUAACAGGUCUGCAUGACAUUGACGAGUAUAUCCAGUCACAGCUGCUGCUGGCUGCUCUCAACAUCACCACGCACGUGCUGCGGCCCGGCGGCACGUUUGUGGCCAAGAUCUUCCGCGGCAAGGACAUCUCCCUGCUCUACGCGCAGCUGAAGGUCUUCUUUCCCACGGUGACGUGCGCCAAGCCGCGCAGCAGUCGCGCCAGUAGCCUGGAAUCGUUCGUUGUGUGCCAGGACUACACUCCACCGCCGGGCUAUGUCCCCACAAUGGCCAACCCGCUGCUGAGUAACGAGGCGAUCGAUUUCAACAGCUUACAGGGGAUAAACCGUGUGCUCGUGCCGUUCCUGGCCUGCGGGGACCUGAGCGCGUUCGACUCUGACAAGACGUAUACGCUCAACGAAGGGCGUUCUUCGUCGUCGACGGCAGCGGGGAGCAGCAAUGACACAAGUGGUUACGUGCACCACGAUGCCACCCAGUCACCCAUCAACCCGCCGUACCACACAGCCUGCGAGAAGAAGCGGAACAAUCAGAUGGCCCGUCUCGCCACCAACAUCGUUGAUGUCACGCCGUUGUCCCUCGCACUCGAUUCGCCGCGCGUGCCGACUAUGACGUCAUCAUCCAUCGCCUGCACCGGCGAGCAGGCAACAAACUGCGCGAGUAAUGACGGAGGAGACGGUAGUGAUGCGGUGUCAGACAAGCUGGCCACUGUUGCGCUAUAGUGCUGCUGGUUCUCGCGAGUGCUGCUAGGCUGAGUGACAGCCAGUGACCACCGGGUUUCAAUGACUUGGCUUGCAAUAGAACUACAUUGUACUUACGAAUCCCAGCUGUCUGAAUACAGUACACACAUGAUCUGUGUGUCACAAACGAGGCUGGUCGAGGCAGCGCGAAGCAGAUUUGUACAUCAUAAUAUGUCUGUGGACUGACUGCUUCAGUGUCGAUCUCUAUGCUCAAGUGCCCUGCAAGCACUGUGCCGGAUAUGUGUGUGGCCAGCACCUAACUGUUACACUCGUGGCAUUGCCCGUUGCAUGCACACAAGCAUGACUUGAGACUGCUCAGAGCUGGCAGAUUGCUGUACCCCGAGCAGGCUGGCUCACUACGUGCAAUGCAUGCUGCUUUGAGCAGACCCUGAGCAACCGUCUAUACGGCGAUUAUCUUGGACCUGAGACACUCUCACCACAGUGUGCUGCCGUGACGCGGUCGUUAAGCCAAGCCAUGACUUGCUAGUACUUUUAACUUUAAAGGUGCACAAUGCUCAUCUAUGUUGCUUCUGCAUACUGGCAAGUAGUGGUAUUCUAGCCCUUGCUUGAUAGUACAUUAUCAUUCUCUUAUUCUUGACUGAUAGACCGAAGCUUGUGAGCCCUAAGUGCAGUAAGUUGUCCCGCAUUCUUGAAUGUUCAUUGUAGUAUUUCAGCAGGUCAGUGGUGUGGUGGAACUUUUCAACCUUCCUAUUCACGGUGUUCAUUUCUCUGAUAAUUUGAUUGAAUGA